AUGCAAAUUAGAAGAAAUCUUGAGACACUGCUUAACAACACAACAAUAAUUCCAUUUAAAUUUCGGGGGAAAUAUCUCUGCUUCUUCUGCAGCAAGUACGUCGAGGACUACGUUGAGUUGAGAAAGCACACAAAAGAACACGGAAUUUGCUCAACUGCUACGCAUGCCUUACGUGCGAUAAGAGGAAUAAGCAAUGUUGAAAUCAAAAUUGACGUAUCCGAGGUCGCUUGUGAGAUUUGCAAAAUAAACCUCCCAAAUAUAGACAGCGCUGUGGAUCAUCUUACCGCAGAACAUGAUAUUGAUUACUUCAGAGAUAUAGACAUGCCAAUUGAAGAGUACAGAUUGAGGGACCUGAAUUGCUCUUCAUGCGAUGCCAAGUUUACGUUCUUCGGGUAUCUGGUGUCCCACGUCAAUAGCAGUCAUCCAAAAAAUAGUUUUUCCUGCGACAAAUGCGAGCAAAAGUUUAAUAAGAAAAGAGAUCUUUUUUCGCAUACCAAAAAUCAUCACAGGGAUGGGGGAUUUGUUUGCGAAACGUGCUCCCAAACGUUCGCGUCGUUAAACAUUUUGAAUAAACAUAAGAGUAAUUGGCAUCUAUCUAGAUGCAAUAUAUGUUUGCUCAAAUUGCCAUCGGCUGCAUUGAAACGUAAGCAUAUGAAGACUGAACACCCAGAUGACGGAUCGCUUAAAUGCAAAUUAUGUACUAAGCAGUUUCAUACGGAGCUGGGACUAAAGAUGCAUUUGAGAAUUUGUAAAAGAGUUGACGUUAAGUUCGAGGACAAUGAUAAAGAUAUCAUGGAUUCAGAUGUGAACUAUCAGGUUCCUAAGCGGAAUAAUGUCAAGCAAGUUCGAGAGAACAUUGCUAUUGUUAUUAGCAUGUCUACGGCUCUACCGUUUAACUUUUUCCAAAACAAAUUCAACUGUUUCUUCUGUUCGAAAGACUUUCAAGACCCUGACGGUCUCAGGGAGCAUACUAUAAUGUCUCAUCCGGUAUGCGAUAUGCGGCAGAAAUGCAUCAGAAAAUGCAGGGAAUCUGAGGCGUCCGUCAAAAUUGAUGUAUCGUCACUGGCGUGCAAACUUUGUUUUAACUCAAUGGAUAGCUUGGAAACACUUUUAGACCAUUUGAUAUCAGUUCAUAAUGCGAAUUACGAUAAGUCGAUUAAAACCUGCCUGCAACCGUACAAGCUGGUCAAAGAUCGUAUGCAAUGCCCCCAUUGUCCUGACGAAAUGUUCAGGUUUUUCGGCACGCUGUUAAAGCACGUAAAUAAAAAGCAUACAGAUAAUAGAAACAUAUGCGUACACUGUGGCCAAUCAUUUAGGCGGGAGCAGAAUUUGAGAGUUCAUUUGUGGAGACGGCAUAGUGUUGGGAAAUUCAGCUGUUCCAUCUGCAGUGUUGACUGUGAUAUUCCGUCGAGGCUAUUCAUGCAUAUGGCGAAGCAACAUGGUGUAAAAGCUGCAAAAUGCCCAAAAUGUCCACAGGCGUUUGAGACGCAGUAUUUAAGGCAGAAACAUUUGAUAGACGCUCACAAUUCUGGACAUAAAUGUUCUUUCUGCGCGAAACUGUUCACCAGAGAAUCGUUUCUGAACGAUCAUAUACGCCGGACGCAUUUGAAGGAGAAAAAUGUUGAGUGCAGCGUCUGUAAUGCAAAGUUCUUUAAUAAUAUACUUCUUAAACGGCAUUUGGUCAAACAUAGCGGGGUUAAGAAUUUUCAUUGUGACGUGUGCGGAGAUCGUUUUUAUUGGAAGAAAAGUCUUAGUUCUCAUAUUCUGAAGCAUAAAAAAAGCGUCGAACUUGGCCAUUAAAGCUAUAGUAUUUUCUUUAAUUAACGCGAUUGCCACACAUUUAAAUAAAACACUUUUCAGAGGAUUUAUACGCGUGUAAUUGUAAAAUGAAAAUUCAUCUGCAGUCCCCCUGAAAACGAGAUCUGGAGAGGUCUUAGAACGUCGGGCUAGCUGUAAUAAUAAUAAUAAUGUAACUUCGACGCAAAAUGUUAUGUAAAAACAGUUACCACGCGUUGUAAUCCUUUAAAAAGCGUUUUAUUGAUAUAUGAAAUGGCAGUGAUAUAAGUAUAUUUAUAUUACAUGUAUUUUUAACAAAGGAUUUUUAAGCAAAGAAAAAUUGCUAAUAAUUCCAGAUAAUUGAUAUGAAAAUUUUCUCCUUCACUUUUCCAAUUACCACUUAUCUUUGAUGUACCACACACUCCACCCCAGCCAGAUCUACUAGCAACAGUAAAGAUUACCACAUCAUAAGUGAGAGAAUCAAUUGAUUUCUUCAAACUAUUUAUAUUAAUCAACCACCAGUUAAGGUCUUCUUUGAUGUCUGUAUGGAUUGACAUAAUAGAAUCAUAGUUGUUAUUAUUCUUAGCCAGUGCUUUUAGCUUAUAAUAUUCAAAUUUUUUUGUGUACAUCCAUCCAUACCGAGAUGCUGGGCAAGCGGCCACUAGAGUACCAGUUAAUCUAGUGAGGUCAUGAAUUGAACAGGAUUCCAUUCCCAAAUAUUUUUUGAUAGAUAUACUAAUGCUUUUUACUUUUUCUGGUGGUAAAUUAAUGGUCAUAUCUGAAGUAUCCAGAAUGAAUCCUAAAAAACUACAAUUCUGAGUAGGUAUUGUUACACUUUUUUCAAAAUUGAUAAUUAAUCCUAAGCAUUUUAGUAAAGCAAUUGUGUCAUGAUAAUUUUUAGAAGUGAAUUAUAGUCUGAUCCAAUUAAUAGUAAAUCAUCCAGAAAUGAAUUAUCAACUGAUUUAUAACCUUUUUAACGGAGAUGGGUAACCACAACCUUCAUUAUUUUAGUAAAGACCAUUGGUGCCGUACAAAGACCAUAUGGUAAAGCAUUGAACUCAUAAAGAUUUUUAUAAUGAAAUCUUAAAAAAUUGCUAUCACUAGGGUGUAUUUUGACCAAUAGGUAUGAUUCAUUUAAAUCAAGUUUAACCAUGUAAUUAUUUGGACUAAGGAGACCUAUAGCUGUUCUUAUGUCCUUCAUUUUAAAAUGAUUAGCAGUUAUGUAAUCAUUUAGGCAUUUUAGUUUUAAGAUAAAUCUAAAGUCCAUAUUAGGCUUGGGUACUAAAAAAGUAGAUGAAACAAACUGCCCUUUACAGGGCUUGCAAGGUGUUAUGGCUCCCAAAUCUAACAAUUUUUGUAUUGCCUUGUGCAUGUUCAUGUGUUCUUGGUCAGACUUAGGACUAUAAGGUUUUGGUUCUGAAUCCUGAAAUGGAGUAUCGCAGAAUGGUAUUUU